GUAGGAGUUGUAGGUUAUAUUUACUUAUUUGUUAUUUUAUUUAUUAUAAUUGUUAUUUUAUUUUUCUUGCCAAAUCCAAAUUCCAUUAUUCCGUUUCAUUUUUAUCAGUUUUUUUUUCCAUUUGUUAUUACCGAGUCUGAGUCUCUACCUACCAAUUUGUACAGUAUUCAGAUGACAAAUGCAAUAUUUAAUAAGCACAGUGGACAAAAGCAAAAAAAGCCAAACAGCUAAUCAAAAGGCCGAUCAAAAUGAACAUAAAUAGUUGUUUGGUGUGAAAUGGUUUUGUUUUCCCUUUUCUAUUGUUCAGUUUUGAUUGAAAAAUAGUAGAAGCAAUGUAUGAUGCUAGAGAAGGUUAGGAGUCAUGAAGUACAAUGAUAAAGAACUGGCCAAGUUUGGGGAGAAUACUGCAGAUUUGGAGGGUGUUCUACACCACAUGAAACCACAAGGAAAUGAUUGGUCGGAUUGGUAUCAGAGACCUUCAUUUAAAGAAAGGUACUUCAAACUUAUCUCAAAUAUAUUGUUCUACUACCGAAUAGGAGAGAAUGAGCCCAUUGGAAUUUUGAUACUAGAAAAUGCUCAGAUAGCAUAUGAACGACCACACAAAGGAAUUCCCUUUGCUUUUUCUAUAACUUUCAAAGUCAAUGAUAGGUUGAAAGAUGAUGAAGCAAAACAUGUAUUUUCUUGCCGGUGUGAUAAAGAUGUCAGUAAAUGGGUCACAGCUUUAAAAAAGGCUUCCUAUGAGUAUUGGAGAUCUCAAUAUGUUAUCUUGAAAACAAAAAUCAGUAUGAGGACAGGAGUUGAUCCCAUUUUAGAGUACAUGAGGAGCAAACAUUCUACCAGUGUGAAAAGAACUGAAGUCAAAAAAAACAAAGUUAAAGAGACCAACUCUACUUUUUAUAGCCAUAUUGAGUCAACUUCUUACAGUGAAACUUACUCUUCAAGGAAAACCAAUACUCACAAUGAAGCUGAAGUCACUGUUGAGAAUCUCAUCAAUCUAUAGAAGUACAAGAAAAUUGGGUGGUGCAGAGCAAUUGAUGUCCAUAGAAUAUACAGGAUGUUUGAUAAGGGUCAACUAUAAUUAUAAUUCUCAUGAUAUAUACUGCCCAAGAU